GAACAAAAAAAUUUAGGCAAGUCAUUGUGGAAUUUUGAAUUCACUUCCGUUACUGGAUUUUCCUAAGCUUAGUCAAUAUACGCGAUCAGUUUUGGCGCUAAGGUGAAAUCGUGUGCGCCAUGCUCACGUGGUUACAUUUGUUGUUCGUGUUCCUAUUUAUACGCGACUCUUGGGAAAUCUGUGAUCGCAGACCGCAAGGUGCUACGGAUGAACGCUCCGCGGUCGAUGAGAACUUUCAAGUGUUGAUCGAAGGCAAUCCAAAGACCUAUAUACCAGGACAGUCUUAUAAUAUUAGCUUAUCUGUUGACGUUGCUCUCAAAUUUCUCAGCUUCACGCUGGUUGUAGAGAGUGAAGAUGAUAAUAUACGCCCUACGCCCGACACUGUCGGCUACUUUGAGCUCAUCGACAAGGCCGAGACGCGUUUCAGUACGCAGUGUGAGAAUAUGAUCGAAAGUACAAAUGCGAAUACAAAAGUACGUGUCAGCGUUGGUUGGGUGGCGCCGAACGGCGGUUGUGUACUCAUCAAGGCGGCGGUACUGCAACACCGUAGUGUCUGGUAUAUAGACGACGGUUUUCUUACGAAACGCAUUUGUGCGGAAGAGAUUGAUGAAGUGAACAGUCAGACGCCGGCAUUGGAUGUGUGUUGCGCGUGUGAUGAGGCAAAAUACGAGCUGAUUGUGGAGCGCAAAUGGGGUCGCAAUACACAUCCGCAUGAUUUUCCCGCAGAAUCUUGGCGCACACGUUUCAGUGAGCUCAUUGGUGCAUCGCAUACGCAAGAUUACCGUUUCUGGCAAUAUGGUGAGCUCGCGAGCCGUGGCCUACAAGAGAUGGCGGAACAUGGCGCCACACGUCUGCUGGAAAUGGAAAUCAAGGUGACGCUUUGUAACCACAUAACUUAAGUAAGAUAAGUGAUCAAUUAAUUGCAGAGCGGCAAUGUACGCACGAUUAUUAAGGCACCGGGCAUUAUAUAUCGCCAAAAUACUGCCAGCACCACGUUAGCUAAUGUGCGCGUAGAUCGAGAAAACCAUGUCAUCUCAUUGGUCUCGAAAAUUGAACCUUCGCCCGACUGGAUUUUAGGCGUUGCCGGUUUGGAGUUGUGCUUGGAGAAUUGCACUUGGGUUAAUGAAAAAGUGUUAAAUUUAUACCCUUGGGAUAUCGGCACCGAUGCUGGUCCAUCUUAUAUGUCGCCAGAUCAGCCGCAAAAACCACCAGACGUGGUGCGUCGCAUAACUUCCACCUCACCGAAUGAUCAGCGUUCGCCAUUUUAUGAGGAGACUGGCAAACCAAUGAAAGCGUUGGCUACUUUGUAUGUACGCCGCAAGAAGUUGUAUGAACGCGAAUGUGAUUCGGGUGAAGUCAUGCCAUUAGAAUGUGCCACACACCCAUGGAGCACUUGGAGUGAGUGUACAACACGUUGCGGACCCGGUACACAAUACCGUACGCGCGCAUAUAAAGAUCCCGACUUGGCGGCUAGCUUUAGUUGUCAAGUAGUGCUGAGACAGGCACAAAAGUGCAUAGGCGAACAAUGUCGUAUACCCGACGUAGAGCCCGAUGAAACUGAAGCAGCCGGUUGCGAAUUGACACCCUGGUCGACAUGGAGCGUAUGUUCAAGACGGUGUGGACGUGGGCACAUGACACGCAGCCGUGAGUAUCUUAAUCCAUAUGAACGUGAGCAAUGCUUGAACGACAACCCUGUAGAGCUAGAGCAAAGGCGAGAUUGUGACGCUCGUGACUGCGGUGCUAGGCGUACACAACAAGAUCGCGAUGAAGACGUCGAUGAAAAUGACAAUGAUAACUUAGGUGUGGAAGAUCUUGAGCGCAAUGAAGAGAUUAAUGUUAACGAAGACGAAGAAAAUGCUGCUGACUAUGCUAAUCGCCUGCCACAGCCAGAAUUGUUUGGACGUCGUCGCCCGGAGUUUCCAAACAGGCGCACGAAUUCACUCUACAACGGACGCCAAACAGUUUGGGGUGAAAACGAUAAUUUUGAUCAGGCAGCUGAAGGUGAAGAAGAUGAUAAUAUGCAAAUUGACAAUAAAUACGAGCAGGAAGGUGAAGAGAACGACAAUGAACUGAAUGCUGGCGAUGCUUACAAUCGCCGAUAUGGCAAUCGUGGCGGCUUUGUGCGUGGUCGUGAGCGAAAUCGUUAUAGCGGCGGUGCAACAAGCUAUGAUUUUUACGAACGCAACAAUGAGAAAGACGCUGAAGACAACAACUCUAAUUUACGUGAAGUUUACGAUGAGGAUGGACAUAAAGCUAUCUUCGUGGGAGCCAGUGAUCCAAACAAUUACGAUGUGUUACAACGAUUUUGUUUUGAAAAACCCUAUGUAAAAACAACGCGUUGUGAUCGCGUUAAAUUAGGUUUUCGUAAUUACUGGUUUUACGACGCGGAUGAACGCCAAUGCCAAAUUUUCACCACUAAUAAUUGUGAUGAAAAUAAAAAUAAAUUCAGAACGCUGUCGGCAUGCGAAGGUACCUGUCUUUUGCCGCACAGUCUCUAUUUAAGUCAGCCAGGUCAGGAUGAGGAUAAUGACAAUCGCUGGAGUCGGCAAUUUGGUGAGUCGGCAUCAUUGGUGAAGAAACGGAAAAAGAAGAGCGGACGUAAGAAUCGUAAACGUAAGCAAAAAGAUUACGUCGGUAAUAUAAGGAACUACUCGCAUAACAUACUCGAAAAUAUUCUGGGAUAUGUUUUAUGCUGUUGCAACAUCAAUAACAUAGAACGACCGGAGCUCGAAAAAGUUUCCGUGAAAAUGCUGUGGCUCCAAGCCAUUUACGUUCUGUUACUUAUAGCCGUCAAGCAGUCGGGGGCGAUAAUAUGUAGCCGUUAUCCGAUGAAUACGAAUACGAACAAAUCGCCGGUAGAUGAGAAUUUUUUGGUCACAAUUAGUGGCAAUCCGCAAACUUAUAUUUUGGGACAAACAUAUAACGUCACAAUUCAAGCCUACAGUGGUCUGCGCUUUAUUAGCUUCAAACUUGCGCUAGAGAGUAAAGAUGGCAACCCGAGCUUAACACAAGAUCUUGGACAUUUCGAAUUGAUAGAUCCGGUAGAGACACGCUACAGUCCGAAUUGUGUAAAUAUGGUGGAGAGUACAAAUACGAAUCCAAAGACGCGCAUCGAUGUCAUGUGGGUGGCGCCAGACAAACCAGGUAGCGGUUGCAUACUUAUACGCACUACACUGUUGCAACAUCGUGAUGUUUGGUACAUGGAUGAUGGUGGCCUAACGCGCUCCAUUUGUGAAGAGAGCACCGACGAAGUGGAAAGUGCGCCGCUGAGUGAGAAUCAAAAUAAAUGUUGCGCUUGCGAUGAAGCGCGCUAUGAGCUCACAUUCAAGAGCACUUGGUCGCGCAAUCAUCAUCCGAAAGAUUUCCCUACAAAGGGUUGGAUAACACGUUUCAGUGAUAUUAUAGGCGCCUCGCAUACGGAGGAUUAUCGCUUCUGGGAAUAUGCGCAACUGGCCAGUCAAGGUAUGAAAGAGUUUGCGGAGCAUGGUGCGGCGCAAACGUUGGAGCGCGAGUUCAGCUAUAACUUUAAGAAAGGCAAAAUACGCACCAUUAUUAAGGCGCGUGGUCCCGCUUUUCCCAACUUGAACGGGCAAUCUGUGGCUUCCAUACGUGCAGAUCCGCAACAUCAUCUACUAUCAUUAGCUUCUAAAAUCGAUCCAUCGCCUGAUUGGAUUGUCGGUGUCUCUGGCUUAGAGCUCUGCAUGAGCAAUUGCACGUGGUUAGAACGGAAAACUGUCACAUUAUAUCCGUGGGAUGUCGGCACCGAUGCGGGACCAUCGUAUACGUCACCAGAUCAGCCACAAAUUCCAGCCGCUGUUAUACAACGUAUGCGUUCCGAUAUGCCAAAUGAUCCGCGCUCACCAUUUUUCGACGAUAAAGGGGGUAAAAUGAAACCUCUGGCAAUAUUAGAUAUUAAACGUCAAAGGCUUUACGAACGUUUGUGUGAGGAUGAGGAAUCCAACAAUCUGGACGUACCGCGUGAAUGUUUCACCCAUCCUUGGACUGCAUGGACCGAGUGCACAUCUAAAUGUGGUGAGGGUCGGCAAUUUCGCACGCGCGUUUACAAACAGCCGGAUUUGGCCGACAUUUUCAAGUGUGAGGUGGAAACACGGCAAGAUCGCACUUGUAUGGGUGAAGAAUGUGGGCGUACAGAACGACGAUUAAAUCGAAUGCGAGACCGCGAUAGGUACGGCGAAUAUGACUUUGAUAAGGUAGAGAAAAACGAGGACUUAGAUGGAGGCAACGAUGAAGCAAAAGACGAGGAGGAAGAGGAAGAUAAUGAAGAUGAUACUGAAGCUGAGGAGGAAAACGAGGCUGACAAGGAUGAUGCGAAAACAGCUAGAAAUGAAAAUGAAAUGGAGGAAGAACAAGAAAAGCUAGAACAGCUAGGAUUUAGUAAUAGGCAACAAGGUCGUUCGCGUAACCGUUACGGCUACAGGAGACCGAUCAAUGCAGAGGAUCAGGAAACUGAAAAUAAGGACGAGAAUGAGGAGGGCGAAGAAGUGCAAGAAGAGGACGAAGCAGAAGACGAAAAAGAUGCAGACGAAGAAGAGGAGGAUGCAAAUAAUGAAAAGAAUACUUUCGCCAAUCGUUAUAGUUACAACAACCGUUAUAAUUUAGGCGGGCGGCGUAAAGGUGCUUCAAAUGAAUUGCGUACCGAUGAACAAGUCGGUAUCAAUGAAGAUGACGAUACUGACAACCGAUCACCGGGUCGCUUUGGUAACAGUAAUCGCUACAAUGGCGGUGGCAGGCGACGAAAUGACGAAAUAGAUGAGGACGAGGAGGAGGAGGAUGAGGAGGAAGAAGAGGAAGAGGAAGAGGAAGAAGAGGAUGUUGGCAGAACGAAAGGGCGUGGUAGAAACCGUCGUCCGGAUGCGCGCCGAAAUCCGAAUGAUAAUGAAGAAUCCGAGAAUAAACAAGCUAAAAUACCAUAUUAUUGCCUUCAAUCUAUCAAGAUUUAUAAUUGCCCAAAAAAAAUUGCCUUGAAAAACUACUGGUUCUAUAAUUAUUGCGAAGAUAUAUGCAUGCUCUUUACCGCGGAUAAGUGUGACAGAAAUCGAAAUAAAUUCACCUCCUUAGAAGCGUGCGAGGAGACAUGUCGGCCGCCGGGAAGUGAAUUCUUAUUGCGUCGCAAACAAAAGCAAAGCUGUUACAAACCAAACGCGUUGCGACAACAUAAAUCUAGAUAUUUAGGUAUUAGUUAA